CGUUGAAAAGCCGUUAAUCGCGCCAAAUUCUCAACUGUCUGAAGGUAGGAAAUUAAAUCAGUAGCUGAAAUUAUCAAAUAAAAAACCAGAUUAUACUUCUAAAAUAAAACUUUUAAAAAAUGAAAAAAUAAAAAAGAAAGAUGGGAAAGAGGGUGGGGGAGAAGUCGCCUUCCAUAUUGCUUCAACAUUCCACCUCUCUGCAACCCCACAUUAUAUAAAUAUAUAGCUGUAUUUUAUACUUAAAUAAAUAUUAUAUUAUAUGUAUAAUAUAUAGUUUUUUUUUUUUUUCUUAAUUCCAGUUCUAACCUUACACUUGUUUAAAAAUGUCACCUUCUUCUUCUCCAACUUGGAUAUAUAUAGCUAAACAGAGAUAACCACAUAGAGCCCCUAUCUCUGUUUUCCUUCUCUAUCUGUAUAUAGCACCCAGAGAGAACAUUAUAACAAUAAAAAGAAGAAAAGAAAGAAGCUUGGCCCUCUUUUUCUUGAAUAGAACUAUAAGAAGUUGAAAAAUGCCUGGAAUAGCCAUGGAUGCACAUGGUGAUCGGAUGGUAGAUGGUGCCAAUGGAGACUACUCACCUUAUAAAGGAAGUUUUAGCCAGCAGAGGUCUCCAAGGAGCACUUUAAGUCCACACAGUACGCGCAGCGACUCCAUUGAUCUAGCUAUUGACGGUGUAGUAGACACGUCUAUCGAACAAUUGUAUCACAACGUCUGUGAGAUGCAGAGCUCUGAUCCUUCGCCUUCGAGGGCUAGUUUUUUGUCGUACGGCGAGGAAUCGCGAAUUGAUUCUGAAUUGUGCCACCUUGUUGGAGAAAUUAGGGAAUUGGAGAUAACGAAAGAGAUGGUUGCAGACAAUAAAGAAGAAAAUAAUGUUGGUGACUUUACUCCUACGAAAGAUAAUGAUUCUACUGAUCAGAGUUCUGCCAAUAAGGAUAGAAGCCGAGCUGCAAGUCUUAAGAAGCAGCUUUUCCGCUUGCAAUCGGAUUUGCAGGCAUCAGUUAAGUCAAGCCCAAAGAGCAGAUCUCUCUGCGAUAAGCCUCCAUCAGAUAGAAGGUCCGAUAAGAAUAUGAGGAAGAGAAAUGCAGGUUUGAACAUGAAGAAGCAGCAGAGGAAUUUUGCUUCUGCUGGGGCAAAGUUUCAGAAUGAAGAUCCUCUUGAGUCAGGAUUGGAGAAUCCUGACCUUGGACCCUUCUUACUUAAACAAACAAAGGAUAUGAUUUCUUCUGGCGAAAAUCCUCAAAAGACUCUUGAAUUUGCUCUCCGAGCAACAAAAUCAUUUGAGGUUUGUGCAAAUGGAAAACCCAAUUUAGAGCUCGUCAUGUCCUUACAUGUUUUGGCAGCUCUAUACUGCAGCUUAGGCCAGUACAAUGAGGCAAUUCCUGUUCUUGAGAGGUCUAUUGAGAUUCCAGUAAUAGAGGAUGGCCAAAAUCAUGCACUUGCCAAAUUUGCCGGAUGCAUGCAGUUGGGUGAUACUUAUGCAAUGCUGGGCCAGAUUGAGAAUUCAAUUCUGUGUUAUACAGCUGGUCUGGAGAUCCAAAGGCAAGUCUUGGGAGAAAUGGAUCAUCGAGUUGGGGAGACAUGUAGAUAUGUGGCCGAGGCUCAUGUUCAGGCAUUGCAAUUUGACGAGGCUGAGAACCUUUGUCAAAUCGCACUUAACAUCCACAGGCACAAGAGUGGUCCUGCAUCACUUGAAGAAGCAGCAGACAGGAGGCUCAUGGGACUUAUAUGCGAAGCGAAAGGAGAUUAUGAAGCAGCUCUCGAGCAUUAUGUUCUAGCAAGCAUGUCUAUGGCAGCAAAUGGGUUGGAUAUAGACGUAGCUUCUAUUGAUUGCAGCAUUGGAGAUGCAUACUUAUCUUUGGCAAGGUAUGAUGAGGCUAUUUUCGCUUAUCAAAAAGGGCUUACUGUGUUCAAGUCAAGUAAAGGGGAGAAUCAUCCAGCAGUUGCUUCUGUUUUCGUACGUUUGGCUGAUUUGUAUAAUAGAAUAGGGAAGUUCAGGGAUUCUAAAUCUUACUGUGAAAAUGCCCUUCGAAUUUAUGAAAAAUCCAAUCCCGGAAUCCCUGCAGAAGAGAUAGCUAGUGGACUUAUCGAUGUUUCUGCUAUCUAUCAAUCAAUGAACGAAUUCAAUCAGGCACUCAAGUUACUUAAAAAGGCUUUGAAGAUAUAUGGAAAAACUCCAGGUCAACAAAGCACAAUUGCUGGAAUUGAAGCCCAGAUGGGGGUCAUGUACUAUAUGAUGGGGAAUUAUGCUGAUUCUUACAACACCUUCAAAAGUGCGGUUUCAAAAUUCCGUGCAAGUGGAGAGAAAAAAUCAGCCUUGUUUGGCAUUGCUUUGAACCAAAUGGGUCUAGCCUGCGUGCAGCGUUACGCAAUAAAUGAGGCUGCAGAUUUAUUUGAAGAGGCAAGAAGCAUUUUGGAGAAGGAAUAUGGACCUUGUCAUCCUGACACAUUAGGCGUCUACAGCAAUCUAGCAGGCACCUAUGAUGCAAUGGGCAGAUUGGAUGAUGCCAUUGAAAUUUUGGACUAUGUCGUUGGCAUGAGGGAGGAGAAGCUAGGAACAGCAAAUCCUGAUGUGGAUGAUGAAAAGAGAAGGUUAGGUGAGCUGUUAAAAGAUGCAGGAAAAGUUCGAAACAGGAAAUCCAGAUCACUAGUAACCCUUCUUGACAGAGAACUCCAAAUUAUACCGGGCGAUGCCAUUGAAGUAUCAUAAAUGCUACUCAUGUACAUAUGUCCAUAUCGGUUUUUUUUUUUUUUUUGGAAAAGAAAGGCCUAGAAGAGAUUUACUUGUUUUGUUGGUUGGCUUGUUUGUUCACUAGAUUCCUGUUGGCAUUUUGAGAAAAUUAAUAAAAUGAGAAUAGGGAUAAACAGGAAUCAGAAAAAUUCGUUUAAAAUGUAUUUUUCAUAAUACCCCUUGUUAGAGGAGUGAGGUGGGGACAAAAGAAAGGAUUGCAUUUAUACUUCAUUGCUUAUGGCAUUGAUGAAAUUCCUUCUUGUCAUAUUCUUCUUUGUAGUGAUUAAUUUUGAAUAAAAGAAAGAAAUGUUGGAAUAUCAUUUUCAUCAA